AUGGCCGGUCGUUUGGUUGGCCCAAUGAAGAUCGCGGUCGAAACCGAAGCACAAAACAGAUUAAUUACGGAGGAUCAGAUGAAAAUGGCAAUGACAAUCCGGGCGAAUUCUCUGUACUCUCGACCGCUGGCCCUCGUCCAGUGGAAAGCCAUGUACAAGGAGGUCUAUAAAGCCAAACACUACCAGCGUGAAAUUGAAAACAAACGUGUCAUGAUGGCUCUAGGAAAAGAAGGAGAGGCGCUCCUUGCAAAGUUACAAGAAGAUUGCCAUGGUAAAUUUCGAAACAAGUGGCGACGCAUGUCCUGGCAAGAGAGGGGCUUUGCCUGGCAACGUUUAGCCAUCUGGCUGAUGCAGAAUGAUCCGAAACUGCUGAUGGAGUUUCUUAUCGUCACGAUAGAGGACCAGAGGAGACCAAAUUUCACCAUGCUUAUCGAUUGUCUGUUGUAUUUGGAUCGUUUCCAUUAUGCGGACUGGCUGCAGGAUUGGAGGUACGGUACCUGGACUUACCAGUCCUUUAUCGAAUUAGUCCUUCAUCCAGAUUACUGGCCCAUACUCUCACUACCUCAUAAAGGUAUACGUUUGUAUAUCCGCCGUGCAAGAUCCGAAGCCGUGCUUUUGGGCUUUGAAACUGUCCAAAAAAGAAACAUCACGAUGAGACCUGAAACCGCACUCUGCUUCAUGUGGCGAUUUACCGAGUUCAAGGACGUGGAUAGAGCGCUCCAGGCACUGGAAUUUAUCCCCAAACUUGAAGACCCUGAUUUCGAUCUGAACUCAGAAGGCGUGAACCGACAUUGCUGCAAGCUUCUCACUCUAGAUACCGUCGAAGACAAUGCAGGCGAGCGCAACUUCAAGAUUCUGCCGCGACUUUUGGAGAUGGGGGUUAAACCAGACCGGGAUAUGCUCAACGUUGUCCUUUCUAAUGCCUUCAAAGCGGAUCAUCAGUUGGGAGGAGAUAUUCUUCACUUCAUGAAGAGCCAUAACUACAAACUUGACUCCUACAGCUACCUCACACUUUUGAAUGACGCUGUCACUCGUGGGGACCGCGCUCGCAUUGAGGCCUUCGUACGUGAAAUUACAGCGCAAGAAGAUCUACGCAAGAAUCCUUGGAUUGCCAGCAAGAUAUUCCAUUCGCAUUACAUUUUUACCGUCAAGCACAUGGAUGCCGAUGCCGACCCUUCAGGCAUAUUCUAUUCAAUGCUUGACAUUUAUAACAACGUCCACGAUAUCAUCCCUCUCAGAGAGCUUACUGUCGUCCCUCCCCGUUAUGUAACUCGGUCUGGGGAUGACAAAAUUCCUCCCUCCCCAGUCGCCUUGUAUCUCAUUCUGGCUACUUAUUUCCGCUGUCAGAACCGUCUGUUGAAUGUACAGCGCAUUUACGGGCGUUUCCGUGAACUUGCCGCUGAGGGCCAUCCUUCCAUUGCUCCUUUGGUGGAGACUGACCACACCUAUAAUGAAUUCCUCAUCGCCUUCCGCAACAGUCCUCGUGGCUUAAGAUCAUGUGUGCAACUUGUUGAAGAUAUGCUCCACUCCUCAAAUAUCAUAGACCAGAAUGGCAAGGCCAUCAUCGCGGCGAAACCCACUGUGCGCACCUGGACCUUGCUUAUGAGUGCUUUCAUCUACAACAGGCAACCUAGUGGAGCAAGCAAAAUCCGAGAGAUGAUGGAUAAGCAUCAUGUCAGGUUCAACGACGUGACAUGGAAUCACAUCAUCAAUGGCUAUGCCAACGCCCAGAAAAUCCCCGAGACAGCGCGUGCGAUUCAAGAGAUGGAGAGCGCUGGGUUCUCUAUCGAUCCCUACACAAUGAAGAGCCUGCGUUAUCUUCGUGAUCCUGAGCGACUUUGGGUAGCCAUUGAAGAGCUGGAUGAGAGUGCUUCUAAGGUGCCUCAAGCUGUUGUCACUCUCUCGGACUCUGAGUCACCUGCUGCUGGCAAAAAGCAGCAGUAUGAACAGCUCAUUGAGGACGGACUGGAGAAGUUGGGCACCAAGCUGAAGCCCAAACUGUGA